AUGAAGCGAGCGGCCAUGCUGCUUCAAGCCGCCCGCCCUCUAUCCUUUGCAACUGCUGCUCCCUCUCAUACCCAUUCUUCUCCUUCCUUCUCCUACGGCGUCGCCUCGCCCGCCAUGUCCACUGGGAGCAGCAGCCACCGCAGCCCCUCCACCUCGAGCGACAUGCCGCCGCCGCCUCCACCGCCGCCGCAACAUCCAUCGUCGCCAAACCGCCGCAGAAGCCCCUCGCCGCACACCAUCCAGCAGCUCCUCGACACGCUCCGCCACCAGCGCGUCAACACAAUCACCGAGCUGUGCCGCAUCGAGCGCGCCGCGGCCGCGUGCACGCGGCCCGACGACGCGCGGGCCUUCCAGGCGCCCAUGACGCAGGCCUGGGUGCGCUACGUCACCGGCCACCAGCUGCUCAGCGAGCUGCGCGGCCUCACGCGCGGCUACCCCUUCAGCGCGGAGCUCGUGCGCGAGGCCUACGCCCGGGUGCGCGCCGACCCGCGCAGCAACCGCUCCUGGAACCUCGCCUGGCUGUGCCUCGUGCGCAUCCGCGACGACGACGACGGGCUCAUCGCCGCGUACGCCGUCGCCGAGGCGUCCAAGCCGGGUAUGUGGGGGGGGCUGGUGCCGCGUGAGGAGGACGUCCUGAAGCUGAGCGGCUGCUUCUCGCGCGAGUGGACGCUGGCCGUCAGCGUCAUGCUGAAGCACUGGCCUGUGGCGCCGACGUGGUGUUGA